UAAGAUUUCUGUAUAUAUGAAAAUUACUAUGGCAACGGAUAUGCACAAACAUACCAAAAGUAGGAAAGAAUAGCUUUUAAUUUUACAAGUGCGUAGACUAAUUUAGACGUAACAUGAGUGAUUGGGUUUUCGACAGUUUAAUUUGCUUCUUACACUCACCUGUUUGGAAUGCAGCAUUAAACACAUUCAUUGAGGAGAAAUCUUUAGUUUUUGAUCCAAACAUAGAAAUUGACAUCUCAGAUCCACAAUACCUUGAAAUUCACAAUGAGUACAAGAAUUUGGUUGAUUACAUGCUUGGAAGCUUUAUGGAAGAGCUGAACAUCACACCAGAGGAAUUUGAAUUAGCAUGCAUUGAAGGAAAGAAUCUCUUGACCAAAAAUGAUCCAUCAAAUGACAAUGGCUCAUUCUCAUUCCACAAAGGUCUAUUUCAGCAAAUCUGGGCAGCAAAUGACAUGAGGACCUUUGUCAAGUUAAUGGUUCAGCGGAACAUUGAAAUACAGCUGCAAGCACUCGACUUGAUUGAACGACAAAGAAAUUCUCAAGAUGUUGAUGACAUUGAGACGCAAGAGAGGGAAGAAAUAGCUGAAAUUGAGGAAUCUGUUAAAGUCGAAGUUAAUCAUCAGGAACAAGAAAAGCAAGAAGACGAAAGUUUAAAUCGAUUAAAUUUAUUUUUCGAAAAGGAAAAAGUAGACAAAGAAGACCUAAAUAUGCGGCAAGCCUAUUUACGUCAGCAACGUGAUAAAAUUUUGCAACUAAAAAAGCAGGUAAGAGCACGUCAAUUAGAUGACACAACCAUGAAGGAACGGCCGAAAUCAGCUAAAGCUGCACAGAAAAUUAUUCGUGGAGAAAAUAUUGAACCGGAUGAAGCGUCAAUCCAACUAAGAAAGAUUUUAGCUAAGAAAUUGCGUGACGAGGUUGUUGACAGCUCACAAAAUUAAGCAUGGGAGGACAUAUGGAACUUUUUUUCUACAAUUUUAAAUGUUUUCUGUGUAGUGGCACAUUUCAAAUUGCUUGAAUGAAUUUGUUGAUGACUUUCUACUGAUUUGUGAAUAAAGUACAGGAUGUUCUUACUUGCUAAUUUCACCCAUGACAAGCAACAAACAAGAAUAAAUUAAAUAAAAUGCUAAGUUUUUU